UCCAGCAGCCGGUUGCUAACAUUCUGUCGCAGAAUUUCAAACCAUUCGCAACCGUUUCUGGUUGUGCGGGAUUGUUUGUGUCGGUUCGAAACAUAACUGCUCUAAGGUAGUUGGUUGAGAAGCUGAUACAACAAGAACAAAAAACACCUCAUUGGGACCUACUGAAGCAUUAAAGGUGCUUUGGACAGAAACAUAAAAGCACGGUCACAACAGUUCGAAUUUACAUCGAUGGCUCGUAACUGCAUCGGUUCUACGUGGUGGCCUCCCUGUGUUGCCCCCGAAGUUGUGCAGUGAGAAGUGGAAUAUCCGUCAAAAAAUAGUGUACUCUAAUUGGCUCCACGUAGUGUAAAAAUUGGGCAGUUUCACUCAAGCAUUAUGCUGCGCUCCACACAAGUUCAGCUGGGUUGAAUUAAUUGUGAAUUGGCUGUGCAAAUUAUGCUCGGAAGAGUAGUGUUGGAUGGACUGUCGGUUACACUCCAACAACCCCACCAUCCAUAACGUUUAUUCGCCCUUCUGGACGAUUUGUGUUCGUCCGUUAAGCCAAAGGGCGACGUUCUUGAAGCGAAACCGAAACAAAUCCAUCUGCGGUGUAAGGUGAUCGGAGUCCAGGAAAAGUUCAUUCUACAUCCUGUUCCUUGCAAAAUGCUUAAAAUGGAAAAGAGUCAUCACUUCACUCGGAUCUGGUUUGGCCUGGUGCUGAUGGCGGUAAUCAGCGUACCGCCAAGAGUCAUCUCAAUGCCAUGCACUAGUGGCGCUAAUGGCCAAACAGUAAACGCCAUAAGAUCGGAUCGAGCAUCUGCAACGGGAUCAAAGUCUGCGGGUGCCCCCAAUGCAGUACCAACGAUAGCCUCGUCGACGCCGUCGGCAAUCAAAAAGGAUCUCUUCAUGUCACGUGGCUGGGGAGCUGGUGGUAUGCCGUUCUCGAUGUUCUAUUUGAAUCAUUACACGAAGGCCCACAAAGCUUACGCACAAAAUCAGCAACAGCAGCAGCAACAACAGCUGCAGCAACAACAGCUGCAGCAGCAACAACAGCAGCAACAACAACAACAGGGCCAACAACAGUUACAAAAACAAGCACAAGAACAAUCGAUAAAAGAGCAACAACUCUUAAGGAUACAAGAGGAUCGUUCAUCGGGUAGAUCUCAGGAAGACACAGCGGACAAGGAUACUGGCUAUCCGUUACCCCCGAAAACACUACCCUUUGGCACUGGGUACGCUCCCGAACCGAACGCUGUCCACGCACAACAGCUACGCACGGACACCGACUACGUGGACGGUGCGUCUUCGGUGCGUACAUCAAAGGUGAAUACACCGCGUCGCCAGUACACUGUGCCGCAGUUAUUCGUAUCUUACGGUUGGGGACCGUUGGGAUAAACGGGAAACAGUCAUGUUCAUCCCAAACAAAAAAAAAACAGUUAGACCCUCCGAGAAUAGUAAAGCACCGCUCUAUCUUACUAGCGUGCAGGACGAAUGAAAACGCGAAAUAUUUUACAAUUAUCCUUACGCAAAAUCAAUUUUCAGCUCAUGUUUCAUUCUAAGUGUAACAAAAUAAAAACUGUAAAAUUACUCUCAUAUACAUAUAUAAUAUAAAAGUGCAUGAAGUAACUAUGAGCAAUGAUUGUAUAUCGUAAUGUAAUUAACAAGAGAAAAUUGAAAUGCGACAAAAACGCAAACUUAUGCUCUGUGCAGAGAAAAAGGAUGCUACCCAACUAAAUAAAAGUCAAGAGAGAUGUGUUUUGUCCGUGAUGAA